CUCUGAGGCGUGAUCAGGCGAGCUGUGAAUGGUCGAUACUCCUUGUGCGAGCCUCCGACUGGCAGGAGACAGCCACAGUGCCCGAACCAAACGGAACAAAUCGUCGCCAGGCCCAGGGCGACGCGACACCGUCCAAACACAAGAGGCACUCGUCUGACAGCUGGCAUGGCCCAAAUGGCAGAAGACACCCACUAUCUUGAAGACCCCCUGGUGGGAGCAGGCCUCCAGGAGGCCCUCAGGGCACUCCUGCCGCACAGUAAGGAAGAGCUGAAGCUGGAGCUGGGCGAGAAGGUGGAGCACAGCGUGCUGAUGCUGCUGCAGCAGGCCACGGAGCUCUUCUACGGCGGCCAGAGGGCCGAGUGUCUGCAGACGAGUGAGGCGAUCCUGGACUACUCCUGGGAGAAGCUCAAUACCAGGGCCUGGAGGGACGUGGACAAGGACUGGCGGCGGGUCUAUGCCUUCGGCUGCCUUCUGAAAGCCCUGUGUCUGUGUGAGGCAUCUGGGGAUGCCACCUCCGUGGCUGCAGCCCUGAGGGCCUGUGACAUGGGCCUGCUGAUGGGGGCGGCCAUCCUUGGGGACAUCCUCAUUAAAGUUGCUGCCAUCCUCCAGUCUCACCUUCUUUCUGGAAAAAGACCCUCCCAAGGCUCAGCCCAGGAGCAGCCCUGCACCAAGAAGGCAAGAAAUGAGCAAGGUUCGAUUCCAGAUGUGACGUUGGAAAGCACAGUCCCCCGGCUUCGCUGUCCGUCCCUCCAGUAUUUCAGGAAGCAUUUUUUGGUUCCAGAGAGACCUGUGAUCUUAGAGGGCGUGGCUGACCACUGGCCGUGCAUGAAGAAGUGGAGCUUGGAGUACAUCCACGAGGUGGCUGGCUGCAGAACCGUCCCAGUGGAAGUUGGUUCCAGGUACACAGACGAAGAGUGGUCCCAGAGGCUCAUGACAGUCAGUGAGUUCAUCAACAAAUACAUCGUGAAUGAGGCGAGGGACGUCGGGUACCUUGCUCAGCACCAGCUCUUUGACCAGAUCCCAGAGUUAAAGCAGGACAUCAGCAUCCCCGACUACUGCUGCCUGGGCGAUGGAGAGGAGGACGAGAUCACCAUUAAUGCUUGGUUUGGUCCCCAAGGAACCGUCUCCCCGCUUCAUCAGGAUCCCCAGCAGAACUUCCUAGUCCAGGUGAUUGGGAGGAAGUACAUCCGGCUGUAUUCCCCUCAGGAGUCAGAGGCUUUGUAUCCCCAUGACACACACCUUCUUCAUAACACGAGCCAGGUUGAUGUGGAGAAUCCUGACUUAGAGAAGUUCCCCAAGUUUGCCAAGGCCCCAUUCCUGUCCUGCAUCCUGUCUCCUGGCGAGAUCCUGUUCAUCCCAGUCAAACACUGGCAUUACGUGCGGGCUCUGGAUCUGAGCUUCUCCGUCAGUUUCUGGUGGUCGUAGGCAGGAUGAGAACUGGAAGGCCUGAAAUGCGAACUUCCUUCACAGAUCCACCUGUUCACUGCUCUGUGCCCAGCCUGGCGCUGGGUCCCGGGACCUACAGCAAGACUGAGUCUGUGCCCUGAAGACACCUUCUCUGCCCAGGGGCAGUCCUGGAUCCGAGCCCCAGCACUGACAGGCAUAGAGUGGGGAGUGCCCUGGAAGGGCACACAGGACAAGUAGACACACUCCAGGUCAGGGGUGUGUGUGGAGAAAGGCAGGAGAGCCCAUGGAGAUGACUGCCUGGCAUCAGGAGGCUCACAGUGUUUGGGGACCGGCAGGCAACGCGUGCAGUGGUAAAGCGGGUUCUGAGGUUGGCCACUGGGUCAGCCGGGCCCCACUGCUUACCUCCUGUGUUGCUUGGGCCAAGGGACUUCACCUCACUGAGCCCCUGGUGCCUGCAUCUGGAAAAUGGUGUGCUGGUCCUCACCACAGAGGGCAGGAAGGGGUGCACAGGCAGUGCCACAGCCCCUGCCACCACCACUCGCCUCCAUUACUGCCGUCCUCCCAUGCUCCAGUUAUGAUGGGCUGCUGGAUGCCACAGCACACCUGCGGAGGGGCCUGCUCAGGAGCCCGGCCCACCACUGGGCAGUGGGAGAUUUCUGCUGUCCUGGCUAUAGAGGCGUUAACCUGCCCACAGAGAAGCACACAGGUCUGAUAGCUUGGUGGGUUUUCACCCACACCUGGCUGCAGGCUUCCCAGUGAAGCAGCAGAACCAUCCCUGGCACCUAGUACCCCCUUUCCAUCACUACCUCUUCAGGGGUGCCACUCUCCAGUGAGGGUUGUAGGCCAGGGAGAGACCCAGGCUUCAGGCUUUCCAGAAACUUGUGUUUAUGUAAGCAUCAGUUAAUUUUGUUUUAUGUUUUAACCAUUAAGAGUUUCCCAGCCUUCUGACAAAAGACAGGCAGGCAUAUUCCAACAGCU